GAUGUUAAAGCCGGCCUGCUCGCUGCUUUGACUUGCCGUGCUCCUGCCACCUCUGCCCGCUCCUGCCUCCCAACAAAAACAUCAACAACUACAUCAUCACCACUUGCCUCCAGGCUUGCCCUGUCGUGCCAGCGCCGCCAGCCACUGUCCACCUCCGCCAGACGCCCAACAGCAUCGCCAACACCAACGUCGUCACCACUACUUGCUGCUGCAUCUACCAUAAAACAACCAGCAACCACACCACGACAGCUACUGCACACCACCACAGGCCUCGCCAUGUCCUCCAAGCUCAUCCCCAGCGACCCUGACGAGGUCAUGGUCAUCCGCAACAUCACCCCAAAUAUUGUCACCCUCUCCGUCCCCUUCUCCCGCUUCGGCGUCGUCCACGUCGGCGGCCGCGCCACCAUCAUUCGCAUGACCACCGGCAACCUCGCCGUCUUCAGCCCCGUCGCCCUCACCCACUCCGUCAAGGCCAAGCUCGCCGAGCUCGGCGGCACCGUCGACUACCUCGUCGCCGGCGACAUUGAGCACCACAUCUUCCUCUCCGAGUGGAAGCGCGAGUUCCCCGCCGCAAAGGUCAUCGGCCCGGAGGGCCUGCCCGAGAAGCGCGCAAAGGUUCACAACGACGACAAGAUCACCCCGAUAGACUUCCACCACGUCCUGACCGACGAGAACCACGACGGCCGCGGGCUCGACCAAGACUUCCUCGCAGACUUUGACGUCGAGUACGUCGGCGCCCACGCCAACAAGGAGGUCGUCCUGCACCACAAGCCCGACCGCGUCCUCAUCCAGGCCGACCUCUUCUUCAACCUCCCCGCCGUGGAGCAGUACUCGCGCGUCCCCGCCGCCCAGAGGCAGGACGGCGGCGUCGUGCACGGCCUGCUCAACCGCUUCUUCCAGAGCUUCCAGAGCACCCAGGGCGAGGCAAAGGGCAACAAGCGCUUCCAGUGGUACGUCCUAUCCGCCGGCAACCGCCAAAAGUACAACGAGAGCGUCAGGAGGAUACACGCCUGGGACUUUGACACGGUCAUCCCCUGCCACGGCGAGACCAUGGAGAAGAAUGGCAAGGAGAUCUUCAACAAGGUGUUCCAGUGGCAUAUCCAGGGUUCCAAAUAAGCGCCCCCCCCCCCCCCCACGCCCC